ACCUGGUCUACCGUGGAAGCUUGAAUUCUCUGACGCCUCCUUCUCUGAUCCAUUCUCUACAGAUUAAUCAAAUAGAAAAUCCAUCUUCAUUUCACUGGAAUCACAAGCCACUAAUUUUCCAAAUGGGGGUUCCGGUGAUCAAAUUUCCAAUCUUCAUGGUAAUUAGAGUACUGGGAUUCGUAAUAACAGCUAUUCUUUUCACCUGGACUCUUCAUUACAGGGGAGGAUUGGCUCUCAUCUCUGAUGACAAAGAUCUCAUCUUUAAUGUCCAUCCUGUUUUGAUGGUCAUUGGACUACUGCUCUUAAAUGGCGAAGCCGUGCUGGCUUACAAGAUGGUUCCCGGGACGAAAAGUUUCAAAAAGUUAGUUCAUCUUACAGUUCAAUGUCUUGCCUUUAUCUUGAGUAUUAUCGGUGUAUGGACUGCUUUGAAGUUCCACAACGAUAGGGGCAUUGAAAACUUUUACAGUCUACACUCAUGGUUGGGCCUAGCUUCCCUUUUCUUGUUCGGAAUCCAGGUUCCACUCUGUUAUUUCCAGUUCAUUUUGGCUCCAUUUUGUGAAGUUAUGGACCUUAAUCAUCUUGUAUUUUGCUUUUACCCGUGGGCCGCCGGGUUUGCAACGUUUUGGCACCCGGGUGGCUCUCGGAACAGCAGAACCGCAUUGUUGCCAUGGCACGUGUUCUUCGGGAUGUAUACAUAUGCACUUGCUGUUGCUACUGCUACAACGGGUAUCCUAGAGAAGCUUACUUUUCUUCAAACUAACCGGGUAAUAUCACGCUACUCUACCGAGGCUUUGCUGGUAAACUGUUUAGGUAUAUUGAUUGUUGCGCUGGGUGGUAUUGUGAUUCUGGCCACGGUCACUCCGGUGAAUGGCAAAAACGACACCCACCGGGGACUAACAGAAUAGGUACUACUAUGUUUCCGAGGGGACUAAAUGGACUCAGUAAUGAAAUCCGAAGGACUAGUGCAUGUUAAUCCGCCAUGGAACUUUGAGCUGUUGAUUGAAUCACUUGCUAUUCGUGGUUUUGUAGACGAGAAGUUGGUCCAACAAGUCUUCUGUAAAUAUUGGAAGUAUCUUAACAAGUCUUCUGUGAAUAUUGGAUGUUCCUGUGUCCUCUUGUAAAGGAUUUCAAUUCAACUUUAUGGUGCUACAUUAUCCCUCACUUUUGACUUUUGCUCUGCCGGUGUGGGACUUUUGCUGCUUUAUCGUCACAAAUUUAAUUUGGGAUUAUCCUUUCCUUUC